AUGAAGAUAAAAAAAUUAAGAGAACUAAUUGAAGUGCCCAAAGCUGAGCUUGUUCUUCACACUCGAUCGUCAGAAGUCACUCUUCGCAAUCAGACCUGCCAUACGCUCUUUAAAACUCAUAGUGAAAAGAAUUCGUUUUAUUCUUCAUUAUCAAAAAAUAGCGAGGUCCUAAUCUUUGAUUGUGACUUGAACCUUUCUUCCAAGGAGUCAGGAUAUGACAACAUUGUUAGCAUAUACUCGUCUGCUGAACUACUACAGCAGCUCACCCAACUUUACUUGAACCCAAGCACACCCCUUAGCUUGCAGCAAUUAAGAUUGGUAAUAAUUGAGAACAUCUCUGUGUUCUAUUGGACGUUGAAAUUGGGCAGAGAUUUGAAUUAUUAUGUCCAAUUGGCUGAUUUACUAUCGAAGAUCACUCAGAAAUACGGCUGCAACGCUAUCGUUACCUCUUGGGAUAAUGACUACGAAAGAGGCUAUAACUACAAUAGACAAAGACUGGGGAAUGAAGCACAUGGAGAUGUUCAGAAAGAUCCGAACCAGCACACUCUCCAGAAUGUAUCAUAUUUGCCGAGGCAAUACUAUGACAGGGUUGACCUUGUCACACAUUAUGGAGGAGGGUUUGUUUUUGAGCCGAAGAAGGAGAAGAGUGAGAGAGUUAGAUGA